CCGCCUCCAAAAGGUUCCCUUUUAGCCGUUGCUCCUUCCUCCUCGAGGCGUGUUUCGUGGGGGCUUCUCUGCCGGACGGAGCGGAUGGGGCUCCUCCUGGGCCUCUUCCUCCCCUUCCUCCUCAUCCCCGGAGAGUCGCUGGGAAAGGAUGGAGGCUGGCCCGCAAACAAACGCGCCGCCUUAACGGAAGAAGAGAGCUGCACCAUCGAAAGGCGAGACGCCAGUUUAACCUACUCCGAGUUCAUUCAGCAGUAUGCCUUUUCUCGGCCGGUUAUACUCCAGGGAAUCACAGACAACUCGGAGUUCCAGGCUCAAUGUACCAAGGAGGAGCUUCUGGCCAAAUUUGGGGACCGUCCCAUCCGGCUGAGCACCGCCAAUACCUACUCUUACCAAAAAGUUGACCUCCCCUUCCAGGAAUAUGUGGAUCAGCUGCUGGAACCCCAGGAUCUGGACUCUCUUGGGAGCGAAACACUCUACUUCUUUGGGGACAAUAACUUCACCGAAUGGGGCUCUCUGUUCCAAAGAUACAGGCCCCCACCUUUCCGAAUCCCGGGCACCACGGGCGCCUACAGUUUUGGGAUCGCUGGAUCCGGCUCAGGUGUGCCGUUCCAUUGGCACGGCCCUGGCUUCUCCGAAGUUAUCUUUGGCAGAAAGCGCUGGUUUCUGUAUCCACCAGAGAAGACGCCCGAGUUCCACCCAAACAGAACAACCCUGUCUUGGUUGCUGGAUACGUACCCUUUUCUGCCGUCGUGGGAAAGGCCCAUGGAAUGUACCAUUCACCCUGGGGAGGUUCUGUACUUCCCAGACCGCUGGUGGCACGCCACACUCAAUCUGGACACCAGUGUUUUCAUCUCAACGUUCCUGGGCUAGCCAAUCCGCAUGGCCAUAUCCUGGGAUUCCUGCCCUCUCCAAAGCUGUUUUAUAUGAAGUUGCAAAUUUGAUGUUGGUGCCCAAGCGACCACGGGACUAUCAUAGAAUAAAAUCAUAGAAUCAUAGAGUUGGAAGAGACCUCACGAGCCAUCCAGUCCAACCCCCUGCAAGAAGCAGGAAAAUCUCAUUCAAAGCACCCCCGACAGAUGGCCAUCCAGCCUCUCCUUAAAAGCCUCUGUGACAUGGUCUGUGACAUGGCGUGUUACAUCAGGCAAGGAGAUGGCAGGCAGAUGCUGUGACACUUGUUGAUAUUCAGACAGCCGGAACCAGUUCCAACUAUGAAGUAUCUCUUGUCAGAACUUGGUAGUUUUAUACAAGGGUUGAAUGAAAAGUAAUUUUUCCACCUUGCUAACUCCUGAAGAGAUGGCAGUCCUGGUCUGCGGCAGGUCCUGGCUUCUUCAGUAGACUCUCCUCUACAGUUCCAUUUGGAGGGAAGCCCUAGCAUUGAACUGUUGUGUUGUUAAAGGGCGAAGUAUGGAACCCUGCGAAGACGGGGAAGCCUUAGCAUUGAACGGUUGUGUUGUUAAAGUGAAAGUAUGGAACCCUGCGCAGAUGGGGAAGCCUUAGCAUUGAACAGUUGUGUUGUUAAAGAGCGAAGUAUGGAACCCUGCGCAGACGGAGAAGCCUUAGCAUUGAACGGUUGUGUUGUUAAAGUGCAAAGUAUGGAACCCUGCGCAGACGGAGAAGCCUUAGCAUUGAACGGUUGUGUUGUUAAAGAGCGAAGUAUGGAACCCUGCGCAGACGGAGAAGCCUUAGCAUUGAACAGUUGUGUUGUUAAAGUGCAAAGUAUGGAACCCUGCGCAGACGGAGAAGCCUUAGCAUUGAACGGUUGUGUUGUUAAAGUGCAAAGUAUGGAACCCUGUGCAGAUGGGGAAGCCUUAGCAUUGAACAGUUGUGUUGUUAAAGUGCAAAGUAUGGAACCCUGCGCAGAUGGGGAAGCCUUAGCAUUGAACAGUUGUGUUGUUAAAGUGCGAAGUAUGGAACCCUGUGCAGACGGGGAAGCCUUAGCAUUGAACAGUUGUGUUGUUAAAAGUGCAAAGUAUGGAACCCUGCGCAGACGGAGAAGCCUUAGCAUUGAACGGUUGUGUUGUUAAAGUGCAAAGUAUGGAACCCUGUGCAGACGGGGAAGCCUUAGCAUUGAACAGUUGUGUCGUGAAAGUGUGAAGUAUGGAACUUUCAUUUCAAGCGACAGCAUCCUGGGUACCCAUCGUGCACAGAUCUUCCGAGAGCCAAGCAAAGCAAUAAUGUGACCCACACGUUCUUGUGAAAUGCCGAUUAUGCUUUACAUUUCUCUCUGAGUGAUACAACGAUCGUCCUGAAUCAAUCUGUCAAACUUUUGCUUGUGAAACUCGAUGGUUGUUGUCACAGGACAUCCAACUCUUUGUCAUGCAAGUCAGAUGUUCCCACCUCAACAUCUUUAAACUUACUCGCCCAACGACGCACAGGACUCACUUCAACACAAUCCCCAUAAACAGCUUGCAUUCUCUGACGAAUCUCCUUUGGGGUGAUACCUUCUGCCGUCAAGAAUUCAAUAACUGCAUGUUGCGUAUGUCUCACUGACAGACUGUCUGCGCAGGGUUCCAUACUUCGCACUUGAACAACACAACCGUUCAAUGCUAAGGCUUCCCUGUCUGCACAGGUUCUAUACUUCACACUUUAACAACACAACCGUUCAAUGCUAAGGCUUCCCUGUCUGCACAGGUUCUAUACUUCACACUUUAACAACACAACCGUUCAAUGCUAAGGCUUCCCUGUCUGCACAGGUUCUAUACUUCACACUUUAACAACACAACUGUUCAAUGCUAAGGCUUCCCUGUCUGCACAGGUUCUAUACUUCACACUUUAACAACACAACCGUUCAAUGCUAAGGCUUCCCUGUCUGCACAGGUUCUAUACUUCGCACUUUAACAACACAACCGUUCAAUGCUAAGGCUUCCCUGUCUGCACAGGUUCUAUACUUCACACUUUAACAACACAACCGUUCAAUGCUAAGGCUUCCCUGUCUGCACAGGUUCUAUACUUCACACUUUAACAACACAACCGUUCAAUGCUAAGGCUUCCCUGUCUGCACAGGUUCUAUACUUCACACUUUAACAACACAACUGUUCAAUGCUAAGGCUUCCCUGUCUGCACAGGUUCUAUACUUCACACUUUAACAACACAACCGUUCAAUGCUAAGGCUUCCCUGUCUGCACAGGUUCUAUACUUCGCACUUUAACAACACAACCGUUCAAUGCUAAGGCUUCCCUGUCUGCACAGGUUCUAUACUUCGCACUUUAACAACACAACCGUUCAAUGCUAAGGCUUCCCUGUCUGCACAGGUUCCAUACUUCGCACUUUAACAACACAACCGUUCAAUGCUAAGGCUUCCCUGUCUGCACAGGUUCUAUACUUCGCACUUUAACAACACAACCGUUCAAUGCUAAGGCUUCCCUGUCUGCACAGGUUCUAUACUUCACACUUUAACAACACAACCGUUCAAUGCUAAGGCUUCCCGCCAAAUGGAACUGUAGAGGAGAGUCUACUGAAUAAGCCAGAACCUGCUGCAGACCAGGACCGCUAUCUGUUGAGGAGUUACGAAGGUGGAGGCAUUACUUUGAAUUCAACCCUCAUAUUUCUCAGUACAAGAAGUGACUUGUUGUACAUUUUCUAUAUACAUUCCUCUUUCCUUGUAACUGCCUUCAACGUGGGUGAUGUUUGAUGGUAGUUGUAGUCAACUAUCCAACAAGUCCAAGCGCCCGCCCUGCGGUCUCCUAAAAAAAUACAGUGACCAGAGAUAUGAGGAUGCCCUUCUUAUGUGUCUCUUUUGGAUUGAAGCAAAUUGUCAUCAGUAAGAAAGGAAACUGCAAAGCUGAAACCAUGGAAGAGCGAGCCAUGGCAGUCCUCAUACCGUGCUAAGUGGAACAUUUACCAGCAGGUGGAAAUGAUGUUCCUGUUCUUCAGAGAACAGUACUAACGUGACUCGCCUUUCCGAUCUACAGUUAAGAUGUACUUGCUUUUAUUUGUGUCCUGGGAAAUAGCGAGGACAGGCGGUGGGGAGAGAGAGCAUUAGGGAUUGAUAUCUUAUUGCAUAACGGGCAUUAAAAUUAAAUUUUGAAUUAAAAUAUUUGUCAUAAAGCUGAA